GAGCCGGCCCGGCGGAGCGGCAGAGCCGUGCUGGAGAGCGGCCGGCGCCGCGGGCUCCGCUUCCCGGCGGCGGAGGGGUGUGCGCGGCCCGGAGCCCCGGAGUCCACCCGCAGCUCAGAGCCAAGUCCCGGCGGAGAGUCUCGCAGCGGAGCCCCCGAGCCCGGCGAAGUCCCGGGGCAAAGUCCUCGGAGCCCGGCUGCGUCCCGGAGCCCGGUCCCGUCGGCGGCUCCCCGGAGCCCGGCUGCGUCCAGGCGUUCGGCUGCACCCCGGAGCAGAGCCCCGGAGCGAGGUCCCGUCGGCUGCACCCCGGAGACCGGCUGCGUCCCAGCACAAGGUCCCGUCGGCUGCACCCCGGAGCGGAGCCCCGGAGCGAGGUCCCGCCGGCUGCCACCGCAGAGCCCCGCUGCAACGCGAAGCAGAGCCCCGUCGGCUGCACCCCGGAUCCCGGCUGCGUCCCACCGGAAGGUCCCGUCGGCUGCACCGCGGAGCCCCGGCACAAGGUCCCCUUGGCGGCUCCCGGAGCCCGGCUAAACCUCGGAGCGGGGCCCCGUCGGCUGCACCGCGGAGACCCGGCACAAGGUCCCCUUGGCGGCUCCCGGAGCCCGGCUAAACCCCGGAGCGGGGCCCCGUCGGCUGCACCGCGGAGCCAGGCUGCACCCCGGAGCGGAGCCCCGGAGCAAGGUCCCGCCGGCUCUCACCGCGGAUCCCCGCUGCAACCCGAAGCCGAGCCCCGUCGGUUGCGCCCCGGAGCUCGGCGCCGCCCCCGGAGCGGAGCCAGGUCCCGGCGGCGGGGGAGGCUCGCGGUGAGCGGCGGGGCCCGGCGAGCGCCUGGCGGCCCCUCCAUGGACUGAGAUGGCCUCGGAGCUGGCCAUGAGCGCGGAGCUGCCCACCAGCCCCCUCGCCAUCGAGUACGUGAACGACUUCGACCUCAUGAAGUUCGAGGUGAAGAAGGAGCCGGCCGAGGCGGAGCGCCUGUGCCACCGCCUGCCCGCCGGCUCGCUCUCCUCCACGCCGCUCAGCACCCCCUGCUCCUCGGUGCCUUCCUCGCCCAGCUUCUGCGCGCCCAGCCCGGGCGGGCAGCCCGCCGGCGGCCCCGGCGCCGCGCCGCUCGGCUCCAAGCCGCAGCUGGAGGAGCUCUACUGGAUGUCGGGCUACCAGCACCACCUGAACCCCGAGGCGCUCAACCUGACGCCGGAGGACGCCGUGGAAGCGCUCAUCGGCGCCCCGCACCACCACCAUCACCACCACCACCACCAGGGCUACGAGUCGUUCCGGCCUCAGCCCUUCGGCGGCGGCGAGGAGCUGCCGCCCGCCGGCGGCCACCACCACGCCGCCCACCACCACCACCACCACCACCACCUGCGCCUCGAGGACCGCUUCUCCGACGACCAGCUGGUGAGUAUGUCGGUGCGGGAGCUCAACCGGCAGCUGCGGGGCUUCAGCAAGGAGGAGGUGAUCCGCCUCAAGCAGAAGAGGAGGACCUUGAAGAACCGCGGCUACGCGCAGUCCUGCCGCUACAAGCGCGUCCAGCAGCGGCACAUCCUGGAGAACGAGAAGUGCCAGCUCCAGAGCCAGGUGGAGCAGCUCAAACAGGAGGUCUCCCGGCUGGCCAAGGAGCGGGAUCUGUACAAAGAGAAGUACGAGAAGCUGGCGGCGGCCCGCGCCUUCCCGCGGGCGCCCUCGCCGCCCGCCGCCCCCAAGGCGCCCGCCGACUUCUUCCUCUGAGCCGGCCCCGCGCCGCCCGCCGCACCGGGAUUACCCGUUACUAAUUAUUAUUUUUAUUUCCCCACUCUCCCCCUCCCUCAAAAGAAAAAAAAAAGGAGGAAAAAAAAAAGAAAAAAAAAAAUCUCAGCGGGCCGCUGGAAGAGGCGACUCCCCCGCGGGCCUCGGACUGCAGCGGGGGAGCCGUCGGGGCCGGGGCCAGCCUGCAUGCGGGACGUGUACGGCGCCGCCGGACCGCGGGGGCCGGGGCUUGGCUUUCCCUCUUUUUCCACCCCCCCCCUCUUUUCCCCUCUCCCUUUUUCCCCAACUUUCCCCCUUCCCCUCCUUAUUUCCCCCGCCCCGUCCCGUGUGUGUUUGUGGCGGGAGCGCAGCUCCGCCGUCCUCUCCUUCUCCCUUCCUCUCCGAACCUUGAUUUCUUUUUCUCUCUCUCUCUCUCUUUUUUUUUUUUUUUUUAAUUUUAUUUUUUUUCCUUCCUCCUCCGGGGCUCCCGGCGCCCAGGCCGAGGAGGGGCGGCCGGGAGGGUCCCGGGCAGCGCUGCGCCCUGCCCGCCCGCAGCCCCGGGGCGGCAAACCUGAGCCACACUUUUAACUUAUUCACCCCUGUACAUAUGUAGAAUUCAGUUAGUUUUUCUGCCUUUUUUUUUUUUUUUUCUGAGCCUAUAUUUUGCUUGGUGAUUUACCGGAAAAAAAAUCCUUAAAAAAAAAAAAAAAAAAAACGAGUCUUAAAGUUUGUAUGUAAUAGCAUGCAAAUAAUAUCCGAGUUAAUUUAAUGAUGUUGGGAAGAAGCCGAAUGCACUAUAUACAGGAAUCAAUUGGGUUAAAUAAUACUGUUGUUUUAUAGAGAUUUAAAGUUAUCUAUGCUCUUAAAAAUAGUGGUGGGGGGGAGAGGUAACAAUUCUAGGGUGACCUGAAAGGCAAUAUAGUAAUAUAUGGACUGCAAACGGUUGGCUGCUAUCUCACUAUGCACCAGAUUUAUUUAUUAACCCUCGGGAAACGAAAUAUUAUUUUAACCUCGAUGUUUAAGGAAGGAGAGGAAAGAAAAUGCACAUUAUUUCUUGCGCAAAAAAAAAAAAAAAAGCAAAAAAGCAAUUCGCGCAAUUGUGCGUGGAGUGAAAGCGGGGCCGAUCCUGCGCAGAGGAGCGGGGUUUUUUGUUUGUUUUUUAAAAACAAGUUGCUUAUUUUAAAAAAACAAAAAGGAGAAAAAAAAUUAUCUUGAGGGGGGAACACAAGGGUCUUGCGAACAAAGCGAGCUUGGGAGCCUGGUGCAUUUUAGGUACUGAUCGUGCGAAGCGUUUUUAACGACCUGUUGUUUCGAUUUGUGACGGUUUUAACAAUGUUGC